AUGGUUGUCUCUCUUUCUAAUUUUUCGAUGAUAGAUGGAUUCCGCCUUUGCUAUCGAUUGAGCGUCCCCCGCUCUCCUUUCGCUCUCUUUUCUUCUCGACACUUCUCCUCGUCGCUGCAGCUUGCUGCAAAGAAGAGAAUGCCGCCCAAAAAGGCCCCGGCUCAGGAGAAGAAGACCAUCCUUGGGCGCCCUUCCAACAACCUCAAGGUCGGCAUCGUAGGUUUGCCCAAUGUCGGCAAAUCUUCGUUCUUUAACGUUCUGUCGGACACUGACCUGGGGAAAGCGGCCAAUUUUCCCUACGCUACCAUAAACCCCGAGGAAGCUCGUAUCCCAGUGCCGGACCCGCGCUUUGACUGGCUCUGCGACGUGUACAAACCUGCCUCUCGGGUCCCCGCUUUCCUGACUUGCAUCGAUAUUGCAGGUUUGACUGCAGGUGCGUCAACGGGUGCUGGUCUUGGUAACGCCUUCCUGUCGCAUGUCCGCGCCGUCGACGGUAUCUUCCAAGUCGUCCGCGCCUUCGACGAUGCGGAGGUUAUCCAUGUCGAGGGCGACGUGAAUCCCAUCCGUGACAUGGAGAUUAUUCAAACGGAACUUCGCUUGAAAGAUAUUGAGUGGGUGGAAAAGCAUCUUGAAGGCUUGAAGCGCGGUGGACGUGCUUUGGGAAAUAACUCACUUGCUGACAAGGCAAAGAAGGAGGAAAUUGCCACCGUAGAGAAAGUCUUGAAAGUGCUCAGCGAAGAAAACAAGGAUGUGCGCAAGGCUGAAUGGUCGAAUAAAGAGAUUGAUGUUGUUAACGGCCUCACUCUUCUGACUGCUAAGCCCGUGACUUACUUGGUCAACCUGAGCGAGAAAGACUACAUCCGGAAGAAAAACAAAUGGCUUCCUAAGAUCAAGGCUUGGAUUGAUGAGCAUAACCCUGGCGAUCUCCUCAUCCCAUUCUCCGUCUCCCUCGAAGAGCGGCUAGCUCGGCUGUCACCAGAGGAGAAGGAGGAGGAGCAGAAGAAGAUCGGGGCUACCAGUGCGCUCGGUAAAAUCACCAAUGCCGGAUAUCAAAUGCUGGACCUGAUCCGGUAUUUCACUUGUGGACCCGAUGAAGUUCGAGCAUGGACUAUACGUAGAGGCACCAAAGCUCCUCAGGCGGCAGGUGUGAUUCACUCAGAUUUCGAGAACAAGUUCGUCUGCGGUGAGAUCAUGUCGUACGACGAUCUCAAGGAGCACGGCAGCGAAGCGGCGGUCAAGGCCGCAGGAAAGUUAAGACAACAAGGGAAACCAUAUGAGAUGCAAGACGGUGACAUUGCCUAUUGGAAGGCGGGUGGCUAAUAAACCUGCUUUUGACGUAAUAGAACCAAUGUAUAACCCUCUUGUGUAUCUUAACCUCUGUAGCGAUGGAUGACUGUUUGUCGGGAAACGUUCAUGUCUUGUGUUGUCCUAGGCCUCUAAUGGUCGUGAUGAUGAGUUACAUACCUC